GAUCUAUUUACAAUCUUCCUUCUUUUUCUCCUCUGAUCAAUCGAAAUGAGCUGGUGGUGGGCAGGGGCUGUUGGAGCUGCCAAGAAGAAAUACCAAGAAGAUAACGAACCACCAAAAAGCCCCAAGAGCGUAGGGCUGGUAAUCGGCAUAACCGGCAUAGUGGGCAACAGCCUUGCAGAAAUCCUCCCGCUAUCCGACACGCCCGGUGGUCCAUGGAAGGUUUAUGGAGUUGCCCGGCGUCCGCGGCCGCACUGGAACGCAGACCACCUAGUGUACUACAUCCAAUGCGACAUCUCGGACGCGGACGACACUGAAAAAAAGCUCUCCAAAUUAAGUGAUGUUACCCACAUCUUCUACGUUACUUGGACUAGCCGGUCCACGGAGGCCGAAAAUUGCGAGGCCAACGCCGCCAUGUUGCUCAACGUUUUGCGCAUUGUUAUUCCAAACGCGCCGAAUCUCCGUCAUGUGUGCUUGCAGACCGGAACCAAACACUACAUCGGAUCAUUUGAGACGUUUGGGAAAAUUGAUCCCCACGACACGCCAUGUUCGGAAGAUCUGCCGCGAUUGAAUGCGCCUAAUUUCUAUUAUGCCCUCGAGGACGUGUUGCUUGAAGAGUUGGGGAAGAAGGAAGAUAUCACUUGGUCCGUCCAUAGGCCCGGGGUUACUUUCGGGUUUUCGCCUUAUAGUUUAGUGAACAUUGUUGCCAUGCUGAGUGUGUACGCGGCAACAGGCAAGUACGAAGGGGUGCGUUUGAAGUUUCCCGGAAGCAAAGGGGCUUGGAACUGCUACUCCGACGCUUCAGAUGGGGAUCUGAUAGCGGAGCAGCAGAUAUGGGCGGCCGUGGACCCGUACGCCAAAAAUGAAGCGUUUAAUGUCAACAAUGGGGAUGUUUUCAAGUGGAAGCAGUUAUGGAAGGUGUUGGCUGAGCAGUUUGAGAUUGAGGAGUAUGGGUUUGAUGAGGAGGGCGAGAAGCUGAGCUUGGCGGGGCUGAUGAAGGAGAAAGAGGGGGUGUGGGAGGAGAUAGUGAGGGAGAAUGAGCUGGAGCCGAUGAAGUUGGCGGAGAUGGGACAGUGGUGGAUGGUGGAUCUUGUGUUGGGUGGGGAAGGUGUGAUGUCUAGUAUGAACAAGAGUAAGGAACAUGGGUUUGUGGGGUUUAGAAACUCUAGGAAUUCCUUUGUCAGUUGGAUUCAUAAACUGAAAGCUUUUAAGAUUGUGCCUUGAUGGUUGUCUUUGAUUGUUAAUGCUUUUAAUUAGUUUGAUGAUGGUGUUGAUUUUUAGGGUUUGGGAAAAUGUUUUGUUGUGGGUUUCAUAUGUUCUUGUGAACUACUUGAGUUCUAUAAUAAUGUUUUGUUCUGAAAUUUUUAUCAAUAUUGAAUGAAC